UCUCCUUCUCUCUCUUCCUGUCCUGCGUCAGAUCACUAUCCUUAAUCCUCUUCCCCCCAACCCCCAAAAUUCCGAACCCUAACCUUGAUCAUUCUCAUGCAGUUCAAACGCUUGGACGGCCUUUGGGUUUCGCUCUCCGCCUCCGACCCAGACAUCUUUUGAUGUGUUCUUCAUCACCACCCAAACCCUAGAUUCUUUUCUUGCUUUUUUUCUUCCUGUGGUUUCUUUUUUCAAUUAAAGGCCAUGGCGGGCUCUGUGGAGGAUCUCGGAGCCCCGGAGUCAUGGGAGGUGGCCGAUUUGGACGAGUCCAUGAACCGCCUGAUGCUCUCCUCCAAGAAAGAUUGCAAGCCGCCCAACGAGCUAAACGAUGACUCAGCUCCAGCUUUAGCUUCUUCAUCGGCUUUGAAUUUAGGUUUGGGCUCGACGGGUGGCGAUGAUUGUGAGAACGUGCCGGACGAUAUUAUCGAUCAGGUCGAUCUGUUCCUUCGCGAAGCGUUACAGAAUCCUCGUGAGCGCUUAUCAAUUUUACGGAUGGAGCAGGAUGUUGAGAAGUUUAUUCGCGAUCCUACUCAACAACAGCUGGAGUUCCAACAGCUGCCUACAUCCUAUUUACGAUUGGCUGCACACCGGGUGGCACAGCAUUACUCACUGCAGUCAAUGGUUUUAUUGGACAAUAGUUUGCCUGAUGGUUCUGGCUCCAGAAUUAUUGUUCGCAAAACUUCUGAGUGCCGGCUUCCUCUGAUUCGCCUUGCAGACAUCCCUGUAAAUUUACCAUCAGAAGAGAGUAGUGUCAUUAAGGUUGCAAUCAAGCAGAGGCCACAGAAACGGUCGCAGCUUGUCAACAGUGGAAGUUCAAAUUCUUUAAAAACAGGCAACUCCAAAAGUGUAGAGGAAAGAAAAGAGGAGUAUAACAAAGCUCGUGCUAGAAUAUUUAACUCGAGUAUUAAUAUUGGCGGUGGUGUGGGUGGGAAACCAGAAAGUGAGCAAAGGCUGCAGGAUCAUACCCUGCAUUGUUCCUUGGGGAUUUCAAAGAUUGAAGAGAAAUCUGUUCCCGGCAUUACUGAUGUAAAUUCUGGUAUAGGUCUGAUCGAUUCUUCAACUAGUAGCAGUAGAUCAGCUAGAAGUAGAACAGAGGAGCCAAUUGGUAGGAACAAACCAAACAGUAGGGUGGCUAUUUUUAGGGACCGUGAAGUUGAUCGCAAGGAUCCUGAUUAUGACAGGAAUUAUGACAGGUAUAUGCAAAGAUUUGAUCCUGGGUUUGGGUACAAUGGGGGACCAUAUACCAUGCAGCCUAUGUACAGCCCUGCACUGAAUUACAAUACUGAAUUUCCUCAACUUGGGUCUGCCCAUAGGCCUCAGAUUUCUCCUGAGCACCAACAUCAUCCACUUCCUCAACACCUACCUGGGCAAUGGGGUGCACCACCAACACCAACAGGGAUUGGCUAUGGCCAUCCAGAGACCAUGAUGACAUCAUUCAAUCCUAAUCAUGUUGGUGCCCGCUCUACAACUGCCAUAUACCUGCAUUCCUCUCAGUAUCCUUGUCAGCAUCUUCGGAUGCCUUUCAUUCAUCCUCAUGAACAAGUUCACCAAUCUUUUUCACAGUCUCGUCAACAGCAACCUGAUGCAAAUUUUGGAUUAGCCCGGCCCCGAUGAGGGGCAUGGGCCACGCCUGCAUGCUGCCAGCUGGAACUCAAUCUUGAAAUAUGAUGAGGGGCUGCCACAGUUGCAUAUAUUACUUAGCUGGCAGGAGUGCAGGCAUAGAAAACUGAGGUGGACUGGAGUGGAUGUAUCACGCACACCAAUAUUUGAUCCAUUCCACCAUCUUGGUUUUGAUGGAAGCUUCUUACAUCUUUGAUGAAUGAUGAAGAAGCUCACCCCGUUUACCAAUUCCAUUGAUGGAAGCUUCUUUCAUCUUUGAUGAAUGACAAAGAAGUCAAAUGGUUCGACCAAUCCCAUCGUUUAAUUGAGGUCUCUUAGAGCUACAAUUUACCACUGAUGAUGAUGAUGAAUGGGAAUAGAGGAAGAUUUUACCAGAGCUGGGGAUGUAAUUGAUCACCUUGGAUGAAGGACCGUCAAGAAUCAAAGCGAAGGAAAUUACCUGGUUAGUUGUAUUUGGCUUAUAGGAGCUUUGGCGUGCAUCUGAGUUUGAUUUUUUGAAGCUCUGAUCAUCACUUUUUAUGCGUUCCUGGAACCUUAGCUUGUUGCAGAAAUAAGAAAAGCAAAGCACAUCAUGUACCACGACAAUGAUCUUUAGAGCUCACUAUCAUCUUUUUAUUUGGAUAUAUUACUGAUAAUUGUGAUUAGCACAAUUGUAUUGAAGUAUUGGACAUGUUUAGCCUCUCUGGAUGCCCUGAGCCAAUUUAGGUUCUGUCGAAUGGCAUCGGCUCCUUGUCGAU